AUAUCGUGUAGCGGAAUGAAGUUGUCCAAUUCCAUCAGCCCUUUAUUGGUGGCCAUGCGACUCUUUGGAAUCAACCCAAUACCCUCCCCAAGAUGGUAUUGGCUCAAAAUUCAGCUCGUUCUCAUCUUCGCUAUCGAAUUUUCUCUUUCUUACAAAAUUUGGAUGUUCCACGCAACGAAGGAUUUCCAAAAUUUCUGGUUGAAACUAUUUGUCCGCAUUUUGAAACAAGUCGGUGACACAAUAUCGGGGACCAUAGACUUCAUGUUCACCUUUCUGGAUUCAAAAAGAUACAUGAUCCCUUUAAACGACUUUGAAAUCAUCGACGAAGCUUUGAAAAGUUUGGGUGCUCGCGCGAACAACAGAAACACCUAUAGGCUCCUAAUUUUGCAAUUGGUAUACUUCGGUGUGAUGCCAGUUCUGUUGAAUGCUUUUUUCUAUUACAAUUACUGGAUGGCGAACGGUGGAAAUGGAGAUCACUCAAUAGCGUUUAUGAGCGUCGUUUUGACCAUAAUGCUUAGGAACGGCUCUAGCAUGAUAGAUUGCUCUAUUUGUAUCAUUUUUUCGAUAAUCCGAGAACGUUUUAAAUUAAUAAACGGGAUUAUCCGUCGGAUGGACAAUCGUGGGGCGAAGGCAAACAUCACGACGAGGAUAGUUUCCAGGGAAGUAACCGAUGAUGUUAAUUUUGAAAAAUUGAAAAUAUUGAGAGAAUGCUAUCACGAAUUGUGGGACAUCGCGAACCGGAUAGUCGAAGCUCACGGUCCACAUAUUUUCAUGGCAGCAUCGACUACGUUGAUGACGGUAACCGUCUCACUCUGGGAAACUUAUUUGAUGACGAAGUCUGAUAUGAAUACUGCAGUUCUUUUGAUAGCUAUUACAAAAGUUAGCUGGACCAUAUUUGUUCUCACAUGUUUAAUCGUUGUGACCGGGGCUUGCGAAUCUACAGUAUCCGAAGCAAAGGUUACUUCUAUUGUACUGCAGGAAUUGAUGAUGAAGGGAAACCAUAACUCCACGACGAUGGAUGAGGCGAGGAUCAAUAUUCCUAUGAAUUUUUCAACGAAAUUUCUAGAUCAGACUCAAAAAUUGAAAAAGCUCAUGAUUAGUCUCUUCGUUUAUUUGAAUAUAUUUGUAAUAUGUCUGCCCAACAGAUUCGAGAUUUCUUGAUGCAGCUUGAACUGGAAAUUCAUGAUUUCCCUGCAUGUCAGUUCUUUGAUGUCAACGGUAAAAUGGUGCAUAGUGUAAGUAAUCACACCCCUGUGUUUAUAAGGAAUUUGUUUCAUGUGUAUUUUAUUUUUCAGCUCUUAGGCGCAGUUGCUACUUACCUCGUAAUAUUGAUACAAAUGCACGAUGAUAAGUGAGAUAAUUCUUCGAAAC